AUGGCUUCCCAUUAUUGCCUCAUCGUUUUGUUCGCAUUGCCUCUUCUCUUCUCUCCGACGGCCGGCGAUUCUCGCUGUUCAACUCACGAAGUAGCCUUGGUGAGGAAUAUCAGCGACCUUCCACAGGAUAGCUAUGGGAUUCCUGGCUUGUCUCACAUCACCGUUGCCGGAUCAGUCUUGCAUGGGAUGAAAGAGGUUGAGGUAUGGAUUCAAACAUUUGCUCCGGGAUCACACACGCCUAUCCACAGGCACCCCUGCGAAGAAGUUUUUGUUGUCUUGAAGGGCAGUGGCACUCUCUAUCUUGCCUCCAACUCGCAUCAGCUGGAAUACCCCGGAGAGCCACGAGCAUUUACCAUCUCAGCAAAUAGCACAUUUGGCGUCCGAGAUGACGAUGUCCACCAGGUCUGGAAUACAAAUGAUAAGGAGGACAUGCAAGUGAUGAUUGUUAUAUCACGUCCCCCAAUCCAAGUAUUCAUGUAUCAGGAUUGGUACACGCCUCACCCUAAUGCCAAACUGAAGUUUCCUUGCUAUUGGGAUGAAGAAUGUUUCCAGUCACAACCCAAAAUUGAGCUUUAG